AUGACGACGCCCGCGACCAUUGGCGGUAAAGUCUUCCUGAUGUUUUACGGUCUGCUGGGCUGCGCCUCCACCAUCCUGUUCUUCAACCUCUUCCUGGAGCGUGUCAUUACCGUCAUCGCCGUUGUCCUAAAAUCCUGCCACGAGAAGCGCCAUGGAAACGCCGUCCUGCCGCAAAAUGGUCGCCAGACUCGGACAAAAGUGGAAGACCUGUCCGGGUGGAAGCCAUCUGUUUACUGCGUGAUGUUAAUCCUGGGCGUGGCGGCCAUUUUGGUUUCUUGCUGCGCUUCUGCUAUGUACUCCGCCACAGAAGGUUGGGGAUACCUGGACUCCCUUUAUUUCUGCUUUGUCGCCUUUAGCACCAUCGGAUUCGGGGACAUGGUGAGCAGCCAGAGAACUGUUUACGAGGGGUUUCCCACUGCUGCUUACAGAGUGUGCAAUUUCUUGUUCAUCCUUACCGGAGUCUGCUGCAUAUACUCGCUCUUCAAUGUAAUAUCCAUCGUGAUCAAGCAGGUUCUGAACUGGUUGCUUCGGAGAUUGGAAUCCCCUUGCCGCUGUUGUUUUUCCAGAAAGGGGAACCCACACAGACACCCGCGUCGAAACGUAGUGGUUCCCAGGAAUGUGCGUACUCGCCGGGACCCCUCCAUUGAGACAGAUGCGGUGAAUGAGAGUGAGACCGAUACUGGGCGUAGGAUGUCUGGGGAGAUGAUCUCAAUGAGGGACUUCCUGGCUGCUAAUAAGGUGAAUCUGGCCUUAAUGCAGAAGCAGUUAUCGGACAUGGCCAUCGGACACUCACGGCAGCCCAGCUCCAGCUCUCGGCAGAACGGAUUUUCAGGCGGAGUGGGUGCUCUUGGCAUCAUGAACAAUAGACUGGCAGAGACCAGUGUCGAUAGAUAA